GCUUGAGGAAAAGCUGGGCACACCCUAGAUUCCACAUAUAAAGCAAAGUAAGAACAUCGCAAAUGUUGUCUUGCUGAAAUUAACACCACAACAAAGACAAAAUGGCACUUACAGUCACUGAUCUGAGGUUUUAUGCUGGCCAGGAGUUGACAGUCUCCGGCAAAGUCAAGUCUGGCUGUGAUUACUUCUCCAUCAACAUCGGACAUGACGUUAACAACAUAGCACUGCACUUCAACCCCCGUUUCAAGUACAAUAAGGACCGCAACGUCAUCGUGUGCAACUCUAACAGGGGAGGCUGGGGAAGUGAACAGAAAGAAAAAGUAUUUCCCUUCCAACGAGAUGGAGAUUUCAGGGUGGUGUUCAAUUUCAACAAUGACCAGUUUUACAUCAGACUCCCUGACGGCAAUGUGUUCACCUUUCCAAACCGCUUUGGGGAUGACAGGUUCAGCCACCUCCAUGUGGAGGGAGAUGUGAAGAUUCACAGCUUUAAAGUUAUCUAAAAAAACAAGCAAAUAAAAUGAGGAGUGAUAAUUUUACAUGGCUUUAAUUUCUGGAGUGUGUUCUCUGUUAACUGCAGUUGCAGUUGAUUAAUUGUUUUAUCCAUUUGUGUAAGUGAAAAACAACACGUUAAAAUAAAGCAUUGCUUAAAAGUGUAA